AUGGAGCUGUUGAAUGUUGCUAUACUUUCCAGCAAACCAUUGCUUCUAUCUAUGAUUCUCCUUUUCUCGCUUUUGAUUUGGCUUAAACUAGCAAAAAGGAAAACACUUAAUUUGCCUCCAUCACCCCCAAGGCUACCAAUUAUUGGCAACAUCCAUCAACUUGGCAAACUUCCCCACCGCUCUCUCCGAGACCUCUCUAGGAAAUAUGGUUCUCUCUUGCUUCUACAGUUGGGGUAUAACCCGACUGUAGUGGUUUCAUCAGCUGACAUCGUUAGCGAAAUUGUGAAGAACCAUGACAUUGUUUUCUCCAACCGACCAAGGACCACAGCUGUAGAUAUCUUGUUCUACGGAUGCAAGGAUAUGGCUUUUGCACCCUACGGUGAGAACUGGAGACAAGUUAAGAAGAUCAGUGUUGUUGAGCUUUUCAGCCAUCGAAGAGUGCACUCCUUUCAGUUUGUUAGAGACGAAGAAGUUGAACUUCUUAUCAACAAAAUCCGUAGUGCUUCUCUUAAAGGACAGUCUAUUAAUUUGUCAGAGAUGCUUACGUCCGUUUUAAGUAACAUAGUGUCUCGAUGUGUUCUUAGUCACAAAAGUGAAGAUGAAGAUGGGUGCAGCAAGUUUGGGAAGUUGGCCAAAAGGUGGCUAGAUGUGGUUACUGGAUAUAUUCCAAGUUUGAAAGCAGUAAACGCGGAAUUUGAUGCAUUCUUUGACCAGGUAAUUCGGGAGCAUAGAGCUCUUGAAAGCGAUGAUCAAGUUUCCGAUAGAAAGGACUUCGUUUCUAUCAUUAUGCAACUCCAAAAGGAUGGCAUGUAUGAGAUGGACCUCACUCAAGACAACAUCAAAGCAAUCUUACUGGACAUGUUUGUAGGAGGAACUGAUACCUCUACAACCACAACCGAAUGGAUGAUGGCUGAGCUUUUAAAGCAUCCAAAUGCAAUGAAAAAGGUCCAAGAAGAAGUGAGAAAUGUGGUGGGAAACAAGUCGAAGGUGGAUAUGGAAGAUAUCAGUAAAAUGGAAUACUUAAAAUGUGUAAUCAAAGAAACUUUAAGAUUGCAUCCGGUAGCUCCUCUUCUAGCUCCUCGACGAACAUCUGCGAGUAUCAAAUUGGGAGAUUACCACAUUCCUUCAGAUACCACGGUCUUGAUUAAUGCAUGGGCCAUUCAGAGAGAUCCCAAAUGGUGGGAAAAACCAGAAGAGUUCAUACCAGAGAGGUUCGAGAAUAGCUCCAUUGAUUUCAAAGGUCAAGAUUUUCACCUUAUCCCCUUUGGUUUCGGAAGAAAGAGGUGCCCUGGGAUGCCAUUUGGAGUUGCUUCUGUCGAGUAUGUGAUGGCCAACCUCCUAUAUUGGUUUGAUUGGAAGUUGCCUGCUGGUCAAAUUGCUAACAACUUGGAUAUGACUGAGCUCUACGGCCUCACAGUUAACAAGAAAAUCCCUCUUCAUGGGAUGGGUGGUUCUGACAUGGGCAGUGGAGUAGGUGGCCGUGGCAGACGUUGGCGGCGCUGGGGUAACUUCAUUCCAGUCUACCACCGCAACUUCAGAGAUAUGAUUCGUAGCUUCACUUUGCUCACUUCUUCAGAGGUCUGA